UAAACUAUAGACAGUAAAGCACAAUAAAAUAUUCCAGAGUGGUAGGAAUGCAUAGCUAGACUAUAGAGUGAGACAGUAUUGUAGAGGAUGUAAGUUUUUGUUUUGUUUUUUUAAAUGUUGAGAAAUAGUAGCCUAGAGAACACAGAUGAUCUCAAAAGUCAGUAGAGACAAGAACCUGUUCAUCUUACAUUUUUGUAUCCCUACAUGUCCCAUAUAGUGUGCCUGGCACAUGGUAAGAAUUACUGAAUUAAUUAAUACAAAGCCCUUCUACUUAAAAAGUUUUGUCUCAGACUUUGAGGAGAAUAAUUUAGAGCUGCAAAAGUUUCACUCCGUUGUUAGUCCUACCUCUCCUCUACAGAUAAGGUAUGACUGACUCUUUUUGUCCCAUAUUAAUACCUAUUUCCUUUUGGACUAAAGUCUGUACCUGUACAUACAGAUAGAUACAGGUACCAUCUGUACCUGUACAUAUUUAUAUAAUUUAUCAGCUGCCCCCUUCUAUUUCUAUCCUGGUUCAUAGAAUGAAAUUGAAACAUUAGUUGUAUCUCCUACCUUUGACAGUAGACUAAAACCCAUACACCAAAGAACUGUUAACUGCUUUCCCAGAGUUUUCUCCUGGCCUUGUGUUGAGACGUUGCUAAGAAAGAAGCUCAGAACUAAAAAAUUUAGUACAGUUGUUUCUUUUCAAUUGGUAAUAACCACCAUUCUGGGCACUGUUUCUUGUGUAUCCUAAAACUAAGGAAUCAAAAUUUCCUUUGAUAGUGUAAGUAUAACAAAAAAUUAAUGUUCAAAGUAGAUUACUCUUUCAGAGGUUCUUAUAAAAUGACCUUAAAAAAGUUUAUUAAUAAAGGAAACUUGCUUAUCCAGUCUUUCAAAAUUACCUGCUUUGAAACUAUUCAGUAAUGACUUUUUUCUAUUUGAUGAUACUUAAAAAAAUAAGAUGCUGUGUUAGGUUUUUAUUGAAGUAAGAUUCUUGAAGAAUGAAAAAGAUGUUUUAGAAAUUGUACAAUUAGGUUGAGGUGGGCGGAUCACUGGUCAGGAGUUUGAGACCAGCCUGGCCAGCAUGGCGAAACCCCAUCUCUACUAAAAAUACAAAUUAUCAGGCUUGGUGGUACAUACCUGUAAUCCACGCUACUUGGGUGGUUGAGGCAGGAGAAUCCCCUGACCCCAGGAGACGAAGGUUGUCAUGGUGAUCUGAGAUUGCUCCAUUGCACUCCAUUCUGGACGGCUGAGCAAGACCCUGUCUCAAAAAGAAAAAGAAAAAGAAAUUGUACGAUUAUCUUUAGGUGUUUGGGUAUAAAUGUAGAUCCCCAAAAACUUUAUCAGAAAUUUGGAAAUCUGUAAAUAGGUUAUAUGUAUCUACUUUUAAAAUUUAUAAAUAUUAGUAAGCUAAUAUUUAUAAAAACAAAAUUAGUGUACCUUGAAGAAAAAUGUUUUUAUUUCUUUAUUCCUUAUCCCUCCUUAUCCCACUGAACUGUUGAAGAACUUCUUAUAGAUUUACGUUCCUAUUGGUACUGUUUUGCUUUAUCUCCAUUGCCUUGUGUUUCCUGGCUAAAUUUUACUUAUUAUAAAGCUAUUGGGUCACUUUUGGUCUAGAAUAGAAUUGUCAUAGUAUAAGAGACACCAUAAAAUGUAAAGGAAUAUCUGCAUUGCCCUGUUUUCUCUUGGUAGAAAAUUCAUGUUCUGGCUCCUUUUUUAGUGCCCCUCAUCUUUGGAGGAAGAAUUUCUAAAGGCACACAUUCUUGAACUAAAAAGAAAUUAUGUUGUAUAUUAGCUUUGCCUUUUGGGUACAUGUGAGAAAUGAGGUUAUUCACACCUUCUGUUCUGGCAUAUUUCCAUUACCAAAAAUAUAUUUCCAGAAUAUUUUCCCUGUUCCAUAGUAAAGUCACAGAGAUGGUUUGGAGUUCUUCAACUAGGUCAGUGUCCAGGAACAGAGCGGAACAGAGCAGAUCAGAAUCAGUAUCUUGUUUAUGAUACAGAUCAAAUUAACCAAUGAUUCUUCAAGUUUUCUACUUCCUGUUUACUUUCUCCAGACACAAAAUAGGUUCAAGGAGAAAAGUUCUUUUCUAACAUUAAAAUUUUGAGCUGCCUGUGUUUGGGAUUCAAAGUAAUUUGGGUGCUUAUUGCUUAACUGGGCUGAAGAUUAUCUCAUGUGACAGCAUAGAUCUCUUGUUUUGGAAUUGCCAUUACUUUCUAGAAUAGGCAUUCUGUACAGCUGCCAACAUGCCCUGAAUCCUCUUGCUUCAUAUUACAGUGAUACUGCUUUGUCAGGGUAGAAUUCAGCCUCACAGGGCUGGAGUCAGUCACCGCUGACCUCAUGCCACAGUACAGCAUGUUCAAAUCUGGGAGAAACCUGAGGGUUAUUCAGCAUAUUCCUCCUCCUCUAUCACAAGCAUGGAACCCUCACUCUCCUCGGAAACCAUCGAGCGGUUGGAAGUAAGCAGCCUUGCCCAAACAUCCAGUGCAGUGGCCUCCAGUACUGAUGGCAGCAUCCACACAGACUCCGUGGAUGGAACACCAGACCCUCAGCGCACAAAGGCUGCCAUUGCUCACCUGCAGCAGAAGAUCCUGAAGCUCACAGAACAAAUCAAGAUUGCACAAACAGCCCGGGACGACAACGUUGCUGAAUACUUGAAGCUUGCCAACAGCGCAGACAAACAGCAGGCUGCCCGCAUUAAGCAGGUCUUUGAGAAGAAGAACCAGAAAUCUGCCCAAACUAUCCUCCAGCUGCAAAAGAAACUUGAGCACUACCACAGGAAGCUCAGAGAAGUGGAGCAGAAUGGGAUCCCCCGGCAGCCGAAGGAUGUCUUCAGGGACAUGCACCAGGGUCUGAAGGAUGUGGGAGCAAAGGUGACUGGCUUCAGUGAAGGUGUGGUGGAUAGUGUCAAAGGUGGGUUUUCCAGCUUCUCCCAGGCCACCCAUUCAGCAGCAGGCGCUGUAGUCUCAAAGCCCAGAGAGAUUGCCUCACUCAUUCGGAACAAAUUUGGCAGUGCAGACAACAUCCCCAACCUGAAGGACUCUUUAGAGGAAGGGCAAGUGGAUGAGGCAGGGAAGACUUUGGGAGUGAUUUCAAACUUUCAGUCGAGCCCAAAAUAUGGUAGUGAAGAAGAUUGUUCUAGUGCCACUUCAGGCUCAGUGGGAGCCAACAGCACCACAGGGGGCAUCGUUGUAGGAGCAUCUAGCUCCAAAACAAACACCCUGGACAUGCAAAGCUCAGGAUUUGAUGCACUACUACAUGAGAUCCAGGAGAUACGGGAAACCCAGGCCAGACUGGAGGAAUCCUUUGAGACUCUCAAGGAACAUUAUCAGAGGGACUAUUCCUUAAUAAUGCAGACCCUACAGGAGGAGCGAUAUAGAUGUGAACGAUUAGAAGAACAGCUAAAUGACCUAACAGAGCUCCACCAGAAUGAAAUCUUGAACUUGAAGCAGGAAUUGGCAAGCAUGGAAGAAAAAAUCGCAUAUCAGUCCUAUGAACGGGCUCGGGACAUCCAGGAGGCCCUGGAGGCAUGCCAGACUCGCAUCUCCAAGAUGGAGCUGCAGCAGCAGCAGCAGCAGGUGGUGCAGCUAGAAGGGCUGGAGAAUGCCACUGCCCGGAACCUUCUAGGCAAACUCAUCAACAUCCUCCUGGCUGUCAUGGCAGUCCUUUUAGUCUUUGUCUCCACUGUAGCCAACUGUGUGGUCCCCCUCAUGAAGACUCGCAACAGGACGUUCAGCACUUUAUUCCUUGUGGUUUUCAUUGCCUUUCUCUGGAAGCACUGGGACGCCCUCUUCAGCUAUGUGGAACGGUUCUUUUCAUCUCCUAGAUGAUGCUGGCACAGAAGGCAUUAUUCCCUACCCUCUGGCGAGUGCAUGCAGCAGAGAGUUAGACAGCAACUUACCUACUCUGAAGUUUUCUACAACAACAAAAGAGUUGAGUGAAUCUGUUUACAUUUAGAAUAAUGUUUUUUUCUUCAAGAGACGCAAUUGCAAUAGUAUUUUUUAGAUUUUAUCCAAGAAGUUUUUUGGGCGAAAAUCUUGGAUCAUUUUUAUGUAGCAUGAUUUUCCUUGGGAUGCAACUCUUAAACAGUCCUUUAAUAUGAACCAACAAUCUAGAGCACACUGAAGGGCAAUCUAAAUUGUGGCUUGAAGGACUGCACUAAAACCCACUAAAAAGAUACGAAAACCUGAUUAGGGCAAACCAGUUAAACCUAGCACCCUGCCUUGUCUGGGCUCAUCACCUCUCCCCAUCCCAGACUAACUUUACUGUGAAAUCCUACCACAUUCCAUGUCUGAAUUUUUGGAUUCAGGGUGGAUUUUCCUUGUCCGUGGAAGAACACAUGGAUCUCCCUGGCUUUCUCACCCAAGUUGGCCACUUAAGCUACCCUUGGAAGUAUGAUCCCUUUUGAACCUGCCCCUUAACCUUUGCUAGGAUACAAAAGUGAAAGCAUCAUCCCCCAAAGGAUCACUGCACAGUCCUACUACAGUAUUUUUAAGUAGCCCUCUAAAUACUUAAUUUUAAGCAAAAUCCCUUGGCCGCACUUUUAAGGGUUUUUUUAAUAUGUGUAUAGUUAACAACCUAAAAAUAAAACAUCCAAACAGCAUACUUGAAGAAUGUAAUACUCAAACUCUCAGUGCUUCCUUAUGGUUUCUAAUAGGAUUUUUUAUUAUUGUUAUUAUUAUUAUUGGGUUUUUUUGGACAGGGUUGGGAGGGUCUUUUAUUUUCCUUUGAAAUAAAGAAGUGAUGUUUUUAAAUGAAGAAAUGUGUGGAUAUUUAAGUGUGCUGCUCCCUUUGUCUUGAAACAGUUUGAGUAAGAAAGUCUUGCUGUAAAUGCUGCCCUCUGCCGCCCUUGUUUUGAGAUGCAGUUUAAACUCCCUCUAGCUGCCGCUGCUGCUGCUGCCGCUGCUGCUGCUGCUGCUUUUUGUUGUCCGGACAUCCCCACAUCCCGGUUUUAUGGGUUUGGCUUGGUUGGAGAGGAAAGGGUUGUGCAAGGAGAGGGGGAGGCUGUUUCCACAAACCAGUGUACUAGGAUAGGGAUUUUUUUUUUUUGCCCCAAGAAAAUGUUCACCCAGUGAUCUUGGACUGGAGUUGUCUUUAGGAAAAGUUGAGACUGUAAGUCAUAAACAAGUCCUUGUGUUUCCUUAAUUUAUUUUUUUAACACCCCCUAAUUACUGAAACCAAAGUGAUAUGGAGUCUCUGUCUUCAUUUUGGCCCCAGCAUUCUUAAUUUCAAAGCUUUAUUCUGUCUGCCUAAGAGAAUCAACCAGGUGAUUCUCCUAAAGAGCAGUGAAGGAAAUGUCAGAUUAGAAGAACCCAAGUUUUGGGUGUAAAAUGUUGCCAGCUUCCUAUUAAUGUAAACUGACUUGUUAACCUAACCUAAUUAUGCUCAGUGGACUUUUAUAGGUGGUUUAGAAAAAUGAAAUGAGCUGCCUUCCCCCAUCCUAUAACCAGUUCCAUCAUCCUGGUGGAACUUGAACAUUUACAGUUUAUCUAGAGAGCUUGGUUAAUCUUUCCAUAUUAUUUGUAGUAUUGGGACACAAAUGCUGUUCCCUCUUGGCCUCAUUCUGUGCAACAAAGUACAUAUAAGAUGCCCUGAAAAGGGUAGCAAAGUAUGCUUUGCCUGUUUCCCCUACCAGGAAAUUCCUUCAGAACUAGAUUAGCAUUGCCCUGCCUGUCUGAAAGGACAGUUUAUCUAAUGGUGCCAGCCUCCUUUUGCUUUGGCAAGCUGGAUUUCUCAGAGCCAGCAUGUUGUUUCCAUAACUACUUUGAUAUUUUAACUCAGGUACCCCAGUCUUCACCCCAACCUCAGUUGAUUGUGGUACAUCUGCUAGCUCUGUUGCCCCUCAAAACUAGCACCCAGUGUAGGGCCAAAGGGGUGAUUUUUUUUCUUUUAAAAAAAUAAUUAGAACCAAUUCAUGUUCAUGCCAAAAACAAAUUGUCCCCAAUCCUAUAUAUUUAAAAUGUUAACUUUGCCUAAAAAUAUGGCAGUGACUUUUUAGGCAGGGGUCCCAAAGGACACUGAACUUUUGAACUAACAGUUUCCCCUAACUUUCUACUUUGGCAUAAUUGCUCAGAGUAGAGAGCCCACACAAAGUUAUUUAAAAGAUGCCCUAGCAGUCCACCAGUUUUUCUAAGCUAGAACCUUUAAGUCCCCCAAACUGCCUGAAGACUAAGUUUUGUGGGCACUGGAAGUCACUGUGAUAGAUAGAUUGCAACUUUUCCCAUUUGCCUUGGGACAGUUUCUAUCAAAGGAAGGUUUUCACCUAUAGAAAGCCCCCUGAGCUCCAGUCAAACAGUCCCAAGCUGACUUUCUCUCUUCCUUUCUCAAACUGUCUUAGGGAGGACCUUCGGUGUAAAUCAGGUACAGUAAUGGCUUUCCAGCUCUCUUGUACCUUGAUUAUUCACCAUACCCAGUAGUUGUGUGCAUUUAAUGCUGUUUGUAACCAUGCAUCUGUUUUCAUACCUUCCUUGUACCUUUUGCUGCCCAUCCUGUUACGUUUGAGUUUCUUUGCAUUGUGGUUGUUCUUGGGUUUGUCUUUUCAGAGCUGUUCUAUAACCUGGCUCUAAUGGUUUAACAGUUGUUCUGGGUGGAAACUUCCCCUCAUUUGAAUGCUCCUCUCUAAAAAAAAAUUAUGUUCAUUCCCUUUAAAAUGAAGCAUUCCUGGAUUAUUUGUCCAUGCCCCUAGCCUGGGUGAGUGAAGCUGGCUGUGUUAGCCUGGGUGACUGUUCAGGUUGUAGAAUGCACAUUUUACAUUGUUUAUGAUAAUUUAAGGAUACUUCUGUCUGCUCCAAUCAUUGUUUAUGAUAAUUGAAGGGUACUUCUGUCUGCUCCAAUUUCCAUUUCUUGGUAUACUCAGUAUGUCCUAGUAAGGAAGGCUUUCCACUCUACUGGCUCCUUAAGAAGCAAAAGUAGGUUAAAUUUUAUACUUCACUGACUGGGGUCUUCUCUCUCCCCUGUUCUAAAUGGAGUAAAAGUCUGAUGCCAAGAAAAACACUGGGAGUAAGCCUUCCUCACUAGCCAUGUUCAGAUAAUGAGCAUGUUUUCAUGUGGUCUUCACUACAUUUGGUUUUGUUUUUGAUUUCAUGUUCCUUUGAGGCACAGUCAGAUGAAAUGCUGAGUUCUGAGAGAGUUCCAGUAAGGAGCUGUCUUUCAGCUUUGGAAAAUACACAUCCAAAACAAAAACAAACAUUAUUGUAAUCUGACACAGGCAAAAUUAUGGUUCCCAUACACCCACCCCAAGAAACCUGGGAUUUUGAAUGUGGCUCUAAGAGUUAACAUUUCUGUCUGUGUGUCGUGUAUGCUAGGUGAUAUCCUCAGUAGGGAUUGACUACUAGACUGUAAGUGUGUUUUAUCAAAAGUGUGUAAGAAUAAAAACUCACUUGCACGAAUUGAAACGUAAAGAAAUGAUACUUGUGAACGUGUGGAACGUUAACACUGUAGUUGAUAGAUCUUAAGCUGCUAAUUGUUGAGAGAGAUUUAAAUUUAUGUUCUGUCUGGUCGCUGCAGGUUCUCAGCAGCACUUUUACUGUAUAUACAAAUUGAAAUAAAGACCUCAGCUAUUAACCUGG